CUGCCGCCAUUUUAUUCGCUUGAGAAACCGUAAAAGGAUUAAGUCCAGUCCAGGAGCGUCGACCACUCUACAUGCACCAAACCGAUCAAACUUUAUUCCAGUCGGUAUAAACUGGUAAUUGUGAACGCUUUAUUUGUGACUAAACAUUUUAUUUAUUGAUUAAUUUACUUACUUUAUUAGUUAAGUGAAGCAGUCGUUCUAAAGUUAACAACGUGCUACCUGAAGUUAGCAACAUGCUAUUCGAAAGCCAUAGAAUACUGUGUUAUUUUCACGUACACAGCUCUUAGACGUAAGAUAUACAAAAUACUUGUACUUUACACGUUGGUUGUCUUAGUGUUUCUCAUCUGACAGCCUAGUAAAAGGAGUCAGGCCAAACACAGGACACCAAGGCCUAACACGACGAAUGAUAAAACUAUUUUUUAACAGUGGAUUUAAAUCAGAAUUUACCACAUUGUAAUCGAACGAUUGAAAAACUGUUCAUGGAAACGAACGCGAAUUUUCUGUAAUUAGAAUCAAAACAGUUUUAGCUGUUCUUUCGUUUUAUUUAUUUAUGAUUUAAUUUAUUUAUUUAUCUGUAAAAAUGUGUCUUGAAUAUUUAAGAUUCACAAACGCUGAUUUUGUUAGAUGCACCCUAAAUUUACAGGUGCACACACAAAAUCGGCGAAAUAUUAAUUCGGAUAAUACCAAUUUUAAAACAUGAUAAAUGUGGUUUAACGUGCUCGAAAAACAACACCAAGAGCCAAAAUGUGUUAAGAUUGUCAAGACAAUUUCGUAUUUAAAGUUGUUUGUAUGCAUUAUCACCUAUUAUUGUGUUCAAUUACAUGUUCUAUGAAUCCAAAAACAUGUCUCCCAUGAGAAUAUUUUCCAUGUAAUAUAUAUUGUGUCCCUGUCCUUAUUCAAAUAACAAUUUAUUCAGCACAUGGGGAGUGUUUUUGUCUUCUUUUUUUUUAAAUGUAGGUUAUGCAAGAUCUUGUCCUUCAUUCCAGAGGAUAACUGGAUUUGGAUAAUGAAUUGGCUUCCCUGAAGAUUGCUGCUUUUUUAUCUCACCAUAGGUUUUUGUUUUUCCCCUAUUGGGCAUUUUUAAAAAAAAGUUCCAGUCUACCCCCCCCUUUUAAAUUUUCCAUCCGGCUUCAGGAGACGUAGAAGAUAUCCCUCCUUUUUUUUUUUUUUUUCAACAUCUCCAAGAUAUCCAGUCCCAUCUUUGCCCUUGGCUUUUCUUUUUGACAACAUCUAGCUUGAGGAUUUUUUUAAACUCCCCCAAACCCCCUCGCCACUCAAUUAUCAACAAUAUUGGAGGAGAAAAAAAAAAAAAAAACGGACGUUUUCCACCAUCUGCCAAUUUUAACACAGCAGUCUGAUGGGAACAGGUCUCUAAGAGAGGCAAAAGUUGCCCCCUCUCCCCCUGUUCAGUCUUUACUCAUCAGUCAAGUAUUCCUUCAGGAUCCACACAGUGCGGAGCGACCCUUCAAGAAGCGCUUGAGAUCACCAGGGAAGGUCUCAGCCACUGCAGGGAGAUUCCCGUGGACCCUGUCGCAGGCAUCCGGAACGAGAUCCCAGCAUCACUGAAGAGCUCCUGACCUGGAAGAGUACAAACUUGUGCCAGAAUGACCAUGCAAGGAGAUGACUGCUACUUCUUCUACUAUUCCACCUGUACUAAGGGUGACAACUGUCCUUUUCGACACUGCGAAGCUGCCAUGGGUAGCGAGACGGUGUGCAACCUGUGGCAGGAGCAGAGGUGCUUCCGUAACAUCUGCAAGUUUCGCCAUAUGGAAAUAAAGAAAAACCGCAAAGAAAUUGCAUGCUAUUGGGAGAACCAGCCAGCUGGUUGCCAGAAACCUCACUGUGCUUUUCAUCAUGAGAAGCCACGUAUUAUUGAUGGAAAUUAUUUUGCCCCAGACAAAGGGCAAGCAGUGCGAAAGGAGAAAGAAGAGAUCCCACAUGAGGACCAAGUCAACCAAAUCCCUGCGCCCACUGCAAACCCCACUAAUCCACAGCUUAGAGGGGUCAUUAGAACUGAGACCCAGGAGAAUGUCCCCAGCCCUACCCAUCCACCAGUGGUCAUCAACCCUGUGGAUGAUGAUGAUGAGGAUGAUCAGUUCUCAGAGGAAGGAGAUGAAUCUCUUGGAGGCUCACCCCGGAAACUGAUCACAAGUAAAAAUGAUCCGAUGAACUUUGGUAUCCAGACACUGGAGGAGAUCAGAUUGAGGAAAGCACUUAUGGCCAAUCUAAAGAGAUCUGGGCAGUCCACCAUGCAGAGCUCUGACCAAAAUAAUGCAACUGCUAUUGAAAAGGAAAACAUCCAGUCUCUCUCCCAUCUGGAAGUUAAUAAUGCCAGGAACGAUUUGUCUAGUAAUGAAAUUGGAAAAAGAAAAAUUACAGACAGACUUGGGAAAAGAAUUUUGAAAAGAGAUGGUCCUGUGGAAGAAGAGUUACCUUUGAAGCGAAGCCUUGCUGAACGUCUUGGUGCAACUGUUGAAUCCUCCACAGACGUGCUACCACAGAAAGCUCAGAAACCAGUGCGAGAAAGACUUGGAUUGAGCGCCGACAUGCCUAGCACCAACAGUGAGCCAAAAUCAUCCAGAGACAUACGUAUAAAAACCCUUGAGGAGAUUCGGCAAGAGAAGGCAGCCAGAAACCUCAAUGCAAGUAAAGUUGUGUGUGUUGUGAAAGAAGCAUCGAAGAAGGAGCCGAGCCCUCCUAAGAAAAGUGUCAAACAUGCUGGCGGACCACCAGUUAAGACUUUUUCUGAAAUCCUUCACGAAAAGAAAAAAAUGCAGGAGAAAAAAGUCCAGGAAGUGAACACAACUGUCAAAAGUCCAGAGGGGAGUGAAGGACCUUCCUCUGCAGGAGCUGCAGUCAAGGCCCCUGUGGAAGCUGGGGAGGUACGUGUUAAAACCCUGGAGGAAAUACGCAGAGAGAAGGCAGCAAGGAUGCAAGCACAACUUCAAGAGAGUGCAGAUGACAAGACCCCAACCUCUAGUGAAGCAGAGUCAAGUGGACCUCCAAAGAGGCGCAUUCUGCGUAUUAAUAAAAGCUCACCAGCAAACAUUGUAGAUCAGGCAAAACCAGACACGUCUGAAAAGAAACUGGAACCUGCUACAGAGACAAAUGGAAAAGGUGAACCUUCCGGUGAGACUGUUAAAGUGAAGACGUUUGAGGAGAUCAUGCGAGAAAAGAGACUCCGCAAGCUGCAGGAGGAGCAAGUCACCUCCACCAACCAGAAAGACGCAGCACCUGCUGCCUCACCGCCAGCAUCUGAAUCCUCUGCCCAGCCUCAGACCACAGUGAGACAGAGGAUCGCCCUCAAACCCAAGACCUCUCCGCUCCCUGCUGCUGUAGUGCCCCAGAAAAGCUCCCCCGAGCCGUCCAGAGAAAGUACUCCAUCGUCGAACACACCAAAGCCCUCGACCUCUCCCGUGAUUCCUGUUCAGCUAGCCGAAGGAACCAUUCAAACGGUGGAGACCAAGGUGAAGCCCAAGGUGAAUGUAAAGCCAUCAGUAAUGAAGCCGGCCGCCCAGUCCACCCAAAAGAGGAGAGCUGCAAAAGUUCACUCUGCUGUUGCUGAAGUGAAACCUCUUAAUGCUGCCUGUCACACACCUUCCUCGCUGGUUAUUCCUAACAAGCGCCUUAAGGUGGCGUCACCAACCUCUCUGACAGAUGUUCAGUCCGACACUCAGCAGGUGCCCUCCAACACCGAGGACAUUCAAAUGGUGCCUACGAGCUGCCUUGAGCCUGCCAGCACUACAUCAGCUGAGACUGUUGCAGUCCCCCAAAGCCCUGUGAUCAGAACACCCAGUGUGCAGCGCUCUCGCCGGUCCAGCACCACUUCUGGUCGUGCUCCUGCUGUUACCAGUUCAUCGAUGGAUGACUUUGAAGACCUGUUAGAUGAAUUUACUGAUGAUCGGCUUGAGGAUGACUUGGAAUUGGAUUCGGGCAAGGGAGAAGACGACCUUCUUUUAGAACUCUCAGAGAUGAUUGACAGUUAAAAAUGAGCGACGUCACCCCUUUACUUACUAACCACUGCCACUAUGAAUUUAAAAAGACUGUGACAUAAUUCAACCCACAGCAUUUUAAAUUAAGAUUACUUUUAUUUUCAAACUCUAAGAUCUGUUUUAUUGUUCCUUUUAGAUUUUUCUUGUCAAUGUAAAUAUUUCUUCAUCAUCAAAUAGUGCUUUAGUCUCAUUGUUUUCUUAAGUUGACUUCUUAAAGCUGUCAAAAGGAAAAAAAAACUUAGUUGUUGCAGGUAUGAACAAGCCAUCAUGAGCCUCAGGUAUUAUGAUUGUGUUGGAAGUCAUUGUUAUAGCACUCAGUCAUCAUGAGUUACAGAGACAGGAAGUUUUCAGUUGUGUACUGUGUAUGCUGAAAAAUUUUUUAUUUGAGAGGCACAGCAAGGCCACACCUUUCUUAGUGUUCAUUACGAGUCAUGUAUUAGUUAUUAAAUGUUCUUUGGCUGUCAUUAUCAACAUUAUUUUAACAGGUGCUCUCCCUCACCUUUAAUUUGAUAUUGAAAAAACAUUUUAUGAUCCUAUUGUUUAAUGAUCUGACAGAGAGCUGAGGUCAUGGAUAUUUUCCCCCCUCUUUCAUUUGUGCGAAAGCAAUUGUAUUAUAAAUGGUAUGCUACAUGAAAUUUCCUUGUGGACCAUCUACGUUUCAUUUUGUGAAAUGAAUAUCAAAUUAUUUUAGCAGUUAAGUUCAAUCUCAGACUUAUGAAUGCAACACGUAAACAUGACAAAGCUGUGUUCUCAGGGAAAAUCCUUAAGCUUUGCUAAUCUUUGCUUGCUUGUAGAUUUUUUUCUUUGUAAAUGUCUUGGCUAUGUCCUCUCUCUUUGGUUUUAUUCACCUUAGUUUACUAACAUCAUGCAUUAAGGGACUGGGAUGUAAAAAUAAUGUAAUCUGUUGUGUCUGUCCUUCACCUGAGCUGCACCUCUUCAAAAAUGUCUUUGUAAAUAAAAUGUCUUUAUGAAAGAUUUA